UAAAAUGUGCUCGCAAUCGGAUUGUUACAAAGUGAUAUUUGUAGUGAUAUUAGUUUUGGUACGGAAUGCUGAUUGUAGAACUGUUAAUAAAAUCAGAAAGGAUAGUGGAGUGCAAAAUGCGUGGAAUCAUUUACAAAGUGUGGAGAAAAAUACGACGAAUAAGGAGCAAGGCAGGGGAUUUUUCUUUGGCGGAGGUCUAUUAUCCCUCGGCAAAGUCCUCAACUUCUUCCCGGUGGGAGGAGAGCGGGAGUGCCAGCCGGAGGGCCACAAUAUUGCGAAGGCAGGAAUCUGCAUCAACCAAUACGACUGUCGACAGAGGGACGGCAGAGCUUCAGGGGAUUGUGCGGACGGGCUCGGCGUGUGCUGUGUUUUCGAGGUGUCCUGCGGCGGCACAGUGCAGAAUAACCUGACGUACUUCAUGUCGCCCGGCUUUCCCGAGCUGUGGGGCGGCGAGGAGGACUGCAAUAUUACCAUUGAGAAGACACACGCUGGCAUCAUGCAGCUCAGGAUUGACUUUUUACACUUCACUAUUGGUCAGCCUAACAGAACCACAGGAGAUUGUGACGAGGAUGCCAUGAUCUUGGGCGAUGGAGACAGCAAGUUCACACUGUGUGGACAGAAUCAUGCACAACAUGUAUACUACACACUAUCAACGGGUAGUGAGAAGAGAGAAGACAGCGAUCUGCCUGGCACGAAGACCAUUAAACUGUCGAUGAGGAUGCGAGCUGGAGAUAUGCCGCGGAUCUGGCUGAUGAGGCUCGCGCAGAUGCCGCUAGCGUACACAGCUCCGCAUAAUUGUCUGCAGUAUUUUACGAAUGAUAAUGGUACAAUAAAAACUUUCAACUAUGCAUCGAACGGGCGUCACCUAGCCAGUCAAGAAUACAAGGCAUGCAUCAGAAGAAACUCAGGGUUCUGUUCUGUGCGUUACACUCCUUGUGACAGCCGUUCCUUCAGGAUAGGACCUGGUGGUGGAACUCCACUGGUUAUGGACCCUGCAGAAAUGCAACAAGAAGAAAUGAUGCCAGCUGAUGAAACACAGACACAAGAAGACGAAAUGGAAGGUUCUGGAAAUGAACCGCAAAUGGAAACUCCAAUGCGAGAGGAACCCAGUCUCAUCUCUAGGGCGAGGUCUUCCACCUGGUCGCGCUGGUCACCAUACACGCAGCACUAUGGGAGCGAUGAUGAUAAGUUCCGGUACUUCGGCUAUGGGAACUACGGGAUCGGUCUGACUGGCCAUGGCAGACAGCGGUGUGACGACAGGAUUACCAUACCAUGUGAAAAUGAAUAUUUUAUUUCGAGCUCGUACUUCGGUGCAGGCGUUUGCGACCCUCAUCAUUGCGGCAACACCUUCUGUCCUGGACAGCAGCGGCGUAACUGUCAUGUGGAGACCUCCAUAACUCCAUUCGCAGUAUCCGUGCAUUUUGGACCUCCCACAGUCAAGAGGAGUCCAGAGGAAAACAUUGGGAUGUGCUUGCGAUAUACACAGUUGCCUUGUGACUCUUGAAGUGUGUGUUUAAAAGGGUACAAGAAAAAUAGUAAGUGUUAUAGAAGUGUAUUUUAUAUGGCCUGUGAUUUCAUAUGAAACUGUUGCUAGUUUAGUUCAUGUUCAUCUGAAUUUUGGUAUGUUGUGACUUAUUUUGUCUCCCUAAGGAUAACAGUUGAUAUAAAUGUAUAUUUGGGCAUUACUACUAAGAUCGAGGCUAUUUAUAACACGUGUAAAUAACAAUACACAAAAGAUUAGUAUAUCUUUUUUUAUGGGAUA